AGGAUUUGUAAUAUCAUUAAGACAAUGUAAACGGGAUCACCAACAAUUGUGUUGCAUCACCAAAAAAUUGAUGUAUAAUUUACAUGUUCAGAAAUUUGAAACUGGUAGAAUUAUUUUCCAAUGUGUCGGCUCUGAAACAGUAUUUAAAGAAAAAUACAUAGAAAUUAACCUUGUUCGUGUUAAAUAUGAGCUCAAACAAUAGUGAAUUAAAUAUGGAUAACUUGGAACAGUUGGAAACCAACAUCGACCAGUUCUUUAUGAUUAUAAUGGGAAUGUGCAUAUUUUUUAUGCAAUGUGGGUUCGCUUUUCUGGAAGCUGGGGCGGUCCGGAGCAAAAACGUGACCAACAUUCUCAUCAAAAAUGUGUUUGACUCUUUCGUCUCAGGCGUAGCAUAUUGGCUAAUUGGAUACGCUUUUGCCUUUGGGGAAGGCAAUGAUUUCAUUGGUCAUAAAUAUUUCGCCUCCUACGACCUCCCAGACACUGAGUACGCGUCUUUCUUCUUCCAGUAUACAUUUGCCGCCACGGCUGCCACCAUUGUCUCUGGGGCUGUAGCGGAGAGAUGCGAAUUUCUCGCCUACUUCGUAUACAGUUUCUUUAUCACCGGUUUUAUCUACCCAGUGGUUACACACUGGGUGUGGGGCGGAGGCUUCCUAACAAAGGGCAAAGACUAUGGGGGAGAUAUCGGACAGAUAUCUUAUCAGGACUUUGCCGGAAGUGGGGUAGUCCAUUGUUUAGGAGGUACAUCAGCUUUCGUUGGGGCAUUGCUUCUAGGGCCAAGACUGGGACGCUUUCACAAAGAAACAAAAACUGUCAUACAACUCAGGGGUCAUUCUGUUCCUAUUGCUGCGUUGGGUGGUUUUAUCCUAUUUUUUGGAUUCCUUGCUUUCAACGGCGGAUCUCAGACGAGUAUUUCUAAUGCCGGCGACGGCGCAGCUAUCAGUCUGUCCGUCGUGAACACAAUUAUCUCGGCCUCAUUUGCUGCAUUCUCUUCCCUGAUAAUCAACAGAUCCCCGCUGUUUGGAAACAGAAGUUGGAGCUUGCUCAUCACCAUAAACGGGGCACUAACUGGAAUGGUUGCUGCCUGUGCAGGAUGUAAUGUGAUGUAUACUUACGGCGCAUGCGUAAUUGGUUGUAUUUCCGGUAUAUCGUUCCAUCUUUGGUCGUGGAUUGUCAGAUCCUUGAAGAUAGAUGAUCCCUUGGAUGCAGUUGCUGUACAUUUUGGAGGCGGAUCAUGGGGAGUUAUAGCUCUUGCUUUCUUUCACAAAGAAGAUGGAAUACUUUACAACUGGGAUAAGCGCUCAGGAAUGUUUUUCGCCUGGCAGCUUGCUGGACUGGCAACAAUCACAGCGUGGGCUGCUGUCACCAGUCUGCUCGUAUUUGGAGUGUUGAGGUUACUCAGGGUGCUGAGGGUACCAGAGGAGAUAGAAAUUAGAGGUUUGGAUAUACCGAAGCAUAAUGAACCGGCUUACCCAGUUGAAGCUUACGGACAUGGGCAUAUAGAAAAUAUUCUACAAAUCUUAGACAAUGCCGGUCCUGUUAAGGUUACCCAAGCUUUCGAAAAGAUAAAUGGAGAGGUCAACCCUGGCUUCAAGGAAACGGAAGACCACGGCCCAUAUGAGAGUCCGGAAGUCAAACGGACCUUACAUCAAGUGGAGCAAAUGUCACCUUCGCCAAACCGUAACGAUAUAUCACAUCAACAGGCACAACGUGCGCUAGCGCAACCAAUCCAACCAGUCUACAUUCAGGAACCAGCCGUCUACCAAAACCCCGCCCCACGGGCCUACGUCCAGCAACCUCGAUACUACCAUAGCAACGAGCAACCUUUCUACGUGGUUCAAAGACCGGGUCAUAAUGUAAUGCGAACACUACUCUGGGUAAUCGAAGGAAUAUGGCCUAGACGUAGCCUUGUUGUCCCCGACUCGGAGAAGGAUGAUACCGGUAAAGAUGAUUCUUCCUCGAGAAGAAAUACGGAUUUCUUAACCAUGGCACUAGAAGAUGAACUUGACCAAAUGUUCCUCAUCCUAAUGGGCAUGAUUGUAAUGUUCAUGCAGUGUGGUUUUGCCUUUUAUGAAUGUGGUACAGUGCGUAGUAAGAAUACAACAAACAUACUCAUCAAGAAUGUGCUUGAUUCAUAUAUAUCCGGAAUUGCCUACUGGUUAUUUGGGUAUGCGUUUGCUUACGGAGAAGGAAACGAUUUUAUUGGCUACGACAAUUUUGCUCUGAAAGGACUACCAGAAACCAGAUAUGCCAAUUUCUUCUUUCAAUAUUCCUUUGCGGCCACAACAGCUACAAUAGUAUCUGGAUCUGUUGCGGAGAGAUGCGAGUUUUCGGCGUAUCUUAUAUACAGCUUUUUCGUUACAGGUGUUAUAUAUCCGAUUGUUUCUCACUGGCAAUGGGGUGGAGGUUUCCUGGCUAAAGGAAUCGACUAUGGUGGAGAAAUUGGAAGACUGGGAUACAUCGAUUUUGCUGGAAGUGGAAUAGUGCACGUGUUAGGUGGAGUUGCUGGAUUUGUCGGGGCCGCUAUAUUAGGACCAAGGAUCGGAAGAUUUAAUAAAGAAACAAAAUCAGCUGUGUUGAUAAGAGGACAUUCAGUUCCAGUUGCAUCGUUUGGAGGUUUCAUUUUGUUUUUCGGAUUUCUUGCAUUUAAUGGCGGAUCUUUAGGUGCCUUAACCGGAACCGGAAAUGGUGCAACUAUAAGUUUGGUUGUUGUGAACACUAUUAUCGCUGGUUCUUUUGGAGCAUUUUCUGCCAUGCUUUUACACAAGACUAAGAGGUUUGGUAGUGGCAAAUUUAGUUUGCUGAUGACGAUAAAUGGAGCAUUGACAGGAAUGGUAGCAACUUGUGCAAGCUGCAAUGCCAUAUAUCCUUGGUCAGCCUGUAUUCUUGGCAUUGGAGGCGGCCCAGUGUACCACUUGGUAUCAUACUUAGUACGAAGGGUUGGGGUAGAUGACCCAUUAGACGCAGUGGCUGUCCAUUUUGGAGGAGGUGUGUGGGGUGUACUAGCUCUACCAUUUUUCCAUAGGGAGGAAGGGAUCUUCUACAACUGGAACAAAAGAUCGGGAUUAGUUUUAGGCUGGGAGAUUGCCGGGCUUGGUAUCGUUAUAGUAUGGACAGCUGUCACAAGUGGCAUACUUUUCGGCGCAAUGAGACUGUUGAAAAUCCUUCGUGUUCCUGAGGAAGUGGAAAUGAAAGGUCUAGACAUUCACAAGCAUGAGCCGGCGUAUCCUGUAGAAGCCUAUGGCAACGGUCAUGUAGAGAAGUUGUGGCAGAUUAUCAGUACAGCUGAUAAAGGAAGAAUGAAACAAGCACUAAAAAAUCUGAGAGGGCGACAUGCUGUUGGGUAUAAAGAGAUUAAGGACCAGGGACCCUAUGAGAACCCAGAAGUGCAAUGGUCGAUGGCAAACGUACGACUGGCUUCGUAAAGACACUAAUAUAUUUGGCUUUUGAUAUACACAAUAAAAUGACACUUUAUAAGUAACUGUGCAUUCUAGAUAGAAUUGUGCUUUUAUAUGUCUAUUUAGAUUUGUAAACUUCUCAUAUUUGUUGUAAAUAAAAAAAAAGAGAUUU